AUGUCUCACCUUGUCGUUCAGAGCAUCGAGUGCGGCUUUUACACCUGCCGUUGGCAAUACAUAGGAGGCCAGCUGGCACCAUUUGGAUACGCGUAUCUUCUGGAUACUAUUAAAUGGGAUUUCUUCGUAUCCUUCAACUGUAUUGAACGAGUCAAUGCGCUCUGGCUCCCAGAUAUUGCUUCCCUGAAACAGGGGCCACUGGCACUUCUGGCAGUGGUGUGUCAGCGAGUUGCAGAGUCUUUCACACAUCCUGGAAGCAGCCUCGUUUGGGGAUUUGGCGCAGUUUUCUGUAAGAAACUUCUGGGCUCCAUUGUGAACAGCGCAGUCUCGAAAGGUUCUGUUCAGAAUAUGCUUGCACCCAUUGAGAGGCAGAGGUCUGGACAGGUUGACGAUGACUCGGAUGCUUCUCAGUCAGGGAAGGCUCGCAUUGACUUUAUAGAGGGCACGGAGACUGGGAUGCCUAUGAAUUACGCCAAUAUCGUGGCCUCGCGUAUUCCAAAAUCACAUCGGAGCAUCAUGGCACACUGA